GCAGCCUGCCACUCCCCUCUGCUCAGCUGUUGGAGCUGUGUCGUCUUGGUCCUGUCGUUUGCCGCUUUCGCAGCCCGCAGUCAAGAUGUGUGACAAGCCUGAUCUGUCUGAAGUCGAGAAGUUCGACAAAAAGAAACUGAAAAAGACCAACACGGAGGAGAAGAACACACUCCCCUCGAAGGAGACCAUUGAGCAGGAGAAGGAAUGUGUCAAGUCUUCAUAGGGGGGGAGGAACCCCCUCCUUACAGCAAGAGUCAACGCUUCCUGAAUUUUUUUUUUUUUUGCUUUGAAUUACGUUGUCCUUUUUUUAAACUAUUCAUGUGUAUAGAAAUCGCUGCAAUUUCUAAUCAUUCCCUCAUUCACCAUGUCUGCUUCAGAAGACGGAAGGAAGUGGCCCUCUUGUGCGUCCUCCACCUUGACACGCUUUCUUUCGCCUAUUCACCUCCUGCUCUUUGGGGUUGAUCAGCAGCAGCGGAGAAGAUGGGAGAAGGGGGCUGGUGGGUUCAGGGAUCCCACAGGUUGAAAGGGAGCUGUCGUCCCCCCCCCCAAAAUAGAGGCUAUGACCUGCCCUGCACAUUACUCACCAUGGUAUAUUAUUUUCUGCAGCCUCUCACAAAGUUUAAUUUGUCUUCCAAAAUGGAAAAAUUUAUUAUAAAAAUAAAGAUAUAACGAACUA